CAUAUACCUGGCCGGACUAAUUGUUAUCGCCAGUAGAUUCCAGGCGUCCGUUCAAAGUGAGUGUCGAUCCUGAACAAAUGGCGACGGCCACUUCCAGUCAAUCGAACAGUGACGGCAAUGCAAAGAAAGUGCCCAUGUCUCCUUCUGAAUUUUUCGCCAAAAUUUACGGCACCGAUCGCAAGUCUGCCGAUGAUUCUUGCAGUUCGGCGGAAGAGGCCAAAUCUACAGCAUCCGGUAUGCAGAUCGUGACACAUCGGUCAUCACUUGCCGAGACGGCACAUCCUUCCUCUCCUGCUGCCGCAGCUCUUCAGCAACAAAGAUCAGUUUCAGCAACGAGCCCUUGGCACCUAUAUCCGUCGUGGAAUCCGGAACACUUAUUCUGGGCAUCCAGGAAUCAAGGAUCGUUUUUCGAUCCGCUUUCUCUACCACCCGCACUCACGGCCCUAAUGGCCAGGAGGAAACGCAAAGGUCUGAGUCAGCGCAGGCAGAGGACAACGUUCACCCAAGAGCAGACGCUCCGUUUGGAAGUCGAGUUCCAGUCAGCCGAGUACGUUUCGCGGACCAGACGGUCCGAAUUGGCCGCAGCCCUUCGUUUGAGCGAAACCCAAAUCAAAAUCUGGUUCCAGAAUCGCCGAGCAAAAGACAAACGCAUCGAGAAGGCCCACAUCGAUCAUCAGUACAGGUGCAAUGAGUUGGCGACUCAGCAGGGCGUGUCGCCAACGUCUCAGCAGCCGGACCGUGUGUGUGGGCUUUUGUCUUGCAAUUUAUCUUCGUUCCAACCGCAAAACAAACGGGAUGCAGAGCUUUCGUUGCCGCCUAACGAAAGUGAAAUGGACGACGACAAUGACACUCCAAUUUCCAUUUGAUCUAUAAAUGUCAAUCAUUUCAAUUUCGUUUUUU